UUUUAAAUAAUGGCAAAAAUUUGAAGGAAAUUGACAAGAGCAUAUAUAGAAAAGGGACAAGUACAUACCGAAGAGGGAGACUGACGUCUUCGCAGUUCAAUGAAAACACGAUGAUAAUAAUAAUGUAAUUUAAAGGUGAUUAUCUAUCGAUUGUCGUUCAUUUUUUCUUGUUAUCCUCUAUAAUAUAUAAAAAUGAAGCGUGAUGAUAUAACAAGAAUCUGGAUCCAAUUCGGAUGAGAAUUACCAUAAACCUGAUGUCUAACAUCUCAAUCAGCUUCAUUUACAGCCAAUGGGGUCGGGGACAAAAGUCAAUCUAAAAGAGGUCAUACCAAGAGCAUAUAAGAUGUAGUUUGUAGAGUGGAUCCAAAUACGACAUUUUCAAACCCAAAUCGAAAACUAAUCCGAAAAAUACCCAGUAAGAUUUCGGUAACAAUUGAUCGCAGAUAGAGAGAACACAUGUGAUCUCAUAAGCUCUUUCCUACUUCUUUUGGCAUGUAAUUGUAGUUUCUUCAUUAGUAAAUGAAAAAAAGAGGGAAACUAGUUGAGGCAAAUAUGAGAUUCCUGUCUGCAGGUGGAUGAAACUGACUGGAAAUGAAGGGUCGAUGGAACCAAAUUGGAUAAAGACAUCCUUGUUUAAGAACAGAGUACAAGAAAACGAAGCCACACAUGUGGAAUUAAGUAUCUUGUUUCCAAAAACCUUUUGAUUUGUCUGUUUCAAUCAUUCCUAAAACUGUAGCACAACCACACAAGGAGCACACAAUCAAGCUUCGAGUUUUCAGAAACAAGAAGAGAAACAGAGUGAAUUUAUGGUUUUGCCCCUACCAGGGGUAGGACCUUACACUGCAUGGCCACCUCGUUUUGUUGGGUCGUUGUUCGUUGUUUGGAUUGGAGCAUCUCAGAUUUUCUCGUCCCCCAAAUUCCAAAAUGCCAUUUUGUGUUGGCACCAACAAUGGAACAAACCGCAAGACUCCAAGAUCAGGAAAGCAAAAUAGCUAGCAAGAGCACGAUAUGAUACUUUGAUUGAAUCUAAUCACUUGUUGCUAGUGAUUGUUGAGUGUGUUGUUGGGUUGGGAUUUGUCGGCCAAGGUUGACGGUUAUGUCAGAAACUAGUAGGUUGCAAUAACUUGAGUUCUUGAAAGAUGUUCGAUAAUGGACCUUAUGCCACAUAUUAAUAGGUUGUUCGCUCCAAGAAACGGAGAAGAUCAAUAUAUGAUGCUCAAGUUUGACGUUGUUAAUGUUAUUAGUUUGUUGCAAGUUCUAGCGCUGGGUGUAUCCAUCUCUGGGCUCAUUUUCUGACACUCUCGAGGUGAGAAUAGUUGAACUUGUUUUCGAGAAGCACGUUUCUUUUUACCCUCUAGUGAGAAGGAAAUGGGUGGAGGGUGAUACCCAAUAAUAACGUCAGUAUGUAUGCGAGGUGUUUUGUCACUCCAAGAAAUUGGAGCAAGGUAAGAAAGAUAUGAAGCUCAAGUUUGAUGUGAGAAAUCAAAGGAUGCCUACAACCGUGUUAAAAAGAAUACCUCCGUAGUCCAUCGUUCAUUCAGGGUCUCAAUUUUUUUUACCAUCGAUGGCGUAUUUUUUCGAUUAGAGCAUGUGCCUAACUUGUCUUGUUAUGCUAAAAACAACUUGUCUUCUUUACCAUUCAUAUCAAUAAAAAUCCGAUCGUUUGACACUUUUAUAAUAACAACUUAUUUAUAAUGAGGAGAUAUUAUGACAUAAUAAAAUUCCCGUCUUUAUUUCACGACACAAAGACUUUACCAACUAGAUUAUUUACUUUGCUUCACAAGUUUAGAUUGAAUGAAUAUACUUAUCUUCUUUACAAGAAAAUACCCUUUUUCUUACAAAGCAGUCUCCUAUAUCUCCAAAAAAAAGGCAACUGAAAAGGACGACGAGAUAAGGAAAAGGAGGAGAAUUCUAAUGGCGGCGGCGGAGAAGACCUAAGAAGAAUGAGCGGCGCGUGAGGAGCAUUCGACGGCGGAGGGCGUGGGAAUAGAAAUCUGUUAGGAAUCUAACAACAAAGAGGCACAUUUUCAUUCAAUUAUUGAAUAAAUAAUAAUUACCAUGAUCUGAUUAUAUGAAACUCGAAAGAGAUGAGAGAAUGAAUGAAAUAAUCGAAGCGAUUGAGGAUAUCCGAUUGCGAUGAUGCGACCCGACCCACCCCACCACCCACAUCUCUCCUCCCAUAUCCCGGAUUUUAAAUUCCACAUUUAUUAACACCAAAUUUAUGAGAAUUUGUUGGAAUAUGAUUGUGAAAAUCUAACAGUUGUCAAUUGAACGACGACGAGGAGCUGUGGAUCGGGGUGAAUAUCUCAAUACUUACAACUAUUUCAUGCGAAAUUAAAAUUAAAUUGAUGACAAUUUUUGUAUGACUAAUGAAACUUGAAUGCUCUCGGUAUGUAGUAGGAGUUGCAAUACGUGGAAAAUAAGUGUCACAAUAAAUCGAGAUCAAACAAGGGAUGGAAAAUGGGCGGGACAGCAGAAAAUAAGACUCACGCUUGAUGCCUGAGGGAAAAAUAUAAUACUCCUCGUCGUACAAAAACAAAAUUAUAACAGAAUCUGCGUAAAAGUCGGCGAGAUCAAAAUUUAGACAGACAAGGGUUGAGAAUAGGGUGAGGAUAAGGCAAAGCGAGAGGAAAUAAGAGCUAAGCUUACUACUGCCUAUUGAUGAUUACAAAACGGAUAAAACCUCGUGUAAAACAAAUCAGAACAGAUCAUAUCCAUAAUAUAAUAAUAAAGUCAACAUUAUCAAUGUGUCGCGGAUAUGAAAUCCAAACUCACUAUCUCUUCAUACUCGCAAAACAAAUACACAUGACUACAAAAACUAUCAGGUCGAAUCAUACUACGCGCACCAGAGUGAACGUAAAUUGAAAUCCUCACCUACUUACCUAUUUUAUCUCUCCAACCAUGUUGAUAGGUGGAAAUCAUUUAACAAUGAAAGCCAAAAUCUGGGCAAAAAGAAAGGAAAUGAUGAAAUUUAAAAUAAAUAAAAGCAUCAGCCAACAGAGUAAUCUCUAAAAAUAAAAAAGCUGAAAUAGGAAGAAAGCCAAAACAAACAAGAUCCACCUCGAUUCGAACAUCUCUCCUCCUCCUCCUCUUCACUCCUUCCCCUCCGCCGUCCCAAUCCCAAUUCUCCUCCUCCUCCUCCGCCAUACUCUGCAGUCACAGAGAGAGGGAGACGAGAGAAAGAGCGGCCGAAGAUUCGACUGAAGAAAGGAAGGAAGAGCUGAGCUAAAUUAGCGGGAGCCACGAGCUAUGAGGGAAGACGACUCCAAUUGGUUCGCUCGAUGGGAAGAGGAGCUUCCUUCCCCUGACGAGCUCAUGCCAAUCACUCAAACCCUAAUCACUCCCGAUCUCGCCCUCGCCUUCGACAUCCGGAAUUCCACCAACUCCUCCUCCGCCGCUGCUGCGGCGGUGGCAGCGGCCAGCAAUUCGCUCCACCAGAAUCAGCCGGUCCCGCCGCCGCCGCCUCCUUUACCGACGUCCAGCGGCUUGCCUUCUCCCAACCACAACAACGGGAAUCCUUCUCUGGCGACUUCGCAGCACAACUCGUCCGAGUUCGCCGCCGACUCCUCGGCGGAGCUGGGGUCCGGCACCGGGGGCGACGAGCCGGCACGGACGCUGAAGCGGCCGAGGCUGGUGUGGACGCCGCAGCUGCACAAGAGGUUCGUCGACGCCGUCGCGCACCUGGGGAUCAAGAACGCUGUGCCCAAGACGAUAAUGCAGCUCAUGAGUGUGGACGGGUUGACUAGGGAGAAUGUCGCCAGUCAUUUGCAGAAGUACCGGCUCUACCUCAAGCGGAUGCAGGGGCUGUCGUCCGGCGGCGGAGGAGGUGGUGGCGGUGGCGGGGGAUUGAGUGGUGGUUCGUCUACCGUUGGUGUCGAUGCGGCUACCGACCAUUUGUUCGCGAGUUCCCCUGUGCCGGCGCAUUUCUUGCAUCCCGGUAGGCCGCCUAAUCCCGAUCAUUUCCUGCCGUUUGUUCCCGUCAGCGCCCUUCAGCAUCACCAUCACCAGCAGCAGAUGGCGGUGGCUGCUGCAGCGGCCGUAGCUCAUCCGCAGUUGCAGGGUCAGUACCAUAGGCAGAUGGGGCAUUUCGGGUCGCCUCCCAAUGGGCAAUUCGAUCAUCCCUUUCUUGCUAGGCCGGCGGCGCAGCAGCAAGCUGUGCAUAGAAUGGGACCGCCGGUGCACAAUGCGCCGGUUCCAGGGUAUGUGGAGGAUUUGGAGUCAGCAAAUGGAAAUGCUGGAAGGAAAGUUCUCACUCUGUUCCCUACUGGAGAUGAUUGAAAUUGGGCUCUACUGAUGGGGUUCCAAGUUUCCCCUGUUCAUCAGUCUUCCGUUAAUUGGUAAUUACUGGUAACCGCUUCUUACAUUCUAAUUUUAGGUUCGUCAAUGGUGGUUUUGUUCCGUUCUCCAUUGUGGAAAAUCGGCCAAGAUCGAUGACUGAGUUCUUCAAUCACUACCAAGGGGAUCAGUAGCUCAUCAGUUGCAGAUUUGGUGGUUGAUACUGAUGAUUAUUAGCCUUUUUCCAGUGGCAAUCCUUUAAACCAGGCUGCCUGCGGAUAUCUGCUGGUUCCAUCUAAAGUUUUGGACAGCAGUCUAUAAGUCCACCCCAGGUCACAUUCUGAAAACAUUUCGACAGGACGAACAUUCUAAGCUUUUCUGUGGCAACUGGCAACAACCAUUGUCAUAAGUCUUGCUAUAAAGAGGUCCACUUGGGAUUCAGUAGAGCACGGUAUAGUACAUUCAAAGGCUUGCUUGGUCUUCUUAUUACAUCAUAAGAGUCUUGUUCUCUAUUUCCAAUGUGGAAUGGGCAGAAGAGAGGAAUUUUCUGUACCUGGGGCUUGCAGACAAGGAUAGAUUUUUCUUCCAUAAUUGCAAUCUAUGUCAUGUAGAGAGAGUUCUAAAUGUGAAGUUUGCUGGUUAGCUACCCUCUUCGUUUAUUAGUUCAGUGUAAUGUAGAGGUGACUUGUAGCUAUUGUACAUUGUGGAACUUCAUAGAUUACCCCACUUGAGAUUGGGGUUUUCUUUCUCACAAUUCUGAUAUGUUAGAAUGUUAAAGGUGAUCUUUAUGCUCCUUGCAUGUUGAAGCAGCUUGAACUCCAUAGCAUUGCAUUGUUGAAUAUUAGAUAGGUUCUUAUUGAAUAAGCAAGAUAUUCAUUUUCCCCACAACUCUAUAGCCUUCAUGUAAUUCUGGGUUUAUCACCUUCAGCAUCUCUAACAACUCUGACAACACGCAAGACCCUGCUCGUACGUUAGUUGAUGAAUCUGGCAAGUCUCAUUGCAUCUGGUAAGUGCAGUUUGAAUUCAGAAACAAACUUAUAUCUGACAAACUAGAUAUGGGGAACACUUAGUAGUAAUUACUUCUAUUACUUCUGCAUCAAUUCCUUUCUUCAGUACAGGUACAUAUUUUUGUACCCCAUAUAUAUGUGUACUUCUGCAGCUUCAAUCUCUUUUCAAGCUGGUGUCCUGUGUUUGACAUGGCGUCACUUUCUCUGUCCUGGUUGAUUUAGUGGUUGUGAUCUGUUUAGAUUCCUAAGGGAAACUUUGACACCCUGUUUGCUUAUUAAAUAUACUUUGCAGACUCCUAAAUCGUAACAUAUGUUGAUGGAUUCCAUAUCUGAUCUGAUUGUAUCUCCAUAAUGAAUGUCAACUUUCAUGUUGAUCUGGACGGUUUAGACAAUUACACAACAAAUAUAACUUGUUGUGUAUCUAUCUAAAGGGUGGAGGGGAAGAAGCUGCAUCACAGCAUCAAUGUUGGCAAUCGGACAGAUCAACAUGUUCCUUGUAAGUUACUUCCAGUUGUACAUACCAUCUCUCCUCCACCAUUGUAGGAUAUCAUGUGAAAUCCUCUCCUUAUCUAUCUAUCUAAUCUCUAAUCUAUUCUAAAUCUCAAGUUUUGAGGAUAUAAUUGUUGCUAAUAGAAUAUUCUAAUGGGGUGAGUUACAAAUGGGAUGCAGAUGGGUGCUGGAAUCUUGUUUUGUGUCAGGGGAACACACUGGACAGGAAGAAAUCCUUUAUUAUUGAUGAUCAUAAUCAUGAUGAUGGAGAAGAGGAAAAAGCAACCAGGCAGGCACAUAAGAAUGGAUUUGUUUAGUGAAUCCAUCCAUCCAUCUCUCUCCCUCUCUCUUGCUCUGCCAUUCUGGUAAGUAAAGAAAGAACAUAUCUUUAUAUAUUUAUAUUGAUAGAUCAGAUGAAGAAACUGAGUUGUCUUUUGUUUGGUUUCUUCAUAAAGUAGGAAGCAAAGCAUGCAUAUGCUUGUGGUGUGGCCAUAAACAUUGUUAUUUUAAGGGUGGUGGGAAAAAAAAGGUUUGUUUUAGGAACAGCUGCUGCAAGUGGAACAAUGAGGUUAGAAGGGCUUGCUUGUACUGUACUGUACAACUGUUUUAUGAAUCACAGGUUAGAGAGAGAGAGAGAGAGAGAGUUGGGGGAAUGGAUGGGGAGCAAAUUCCCAAGCUGCUGCUGCCAUGGCUACUAGGGGAGGAAUUAGACAGGAGGUUGUUGGCAUGCGCCAAGUUAGUACAUUCAUUUCUUCUCUUUCAUCUGGAGGCAUUGUAUUUGUUCCAGCUUUAUGGUAUGGGGCUGUCUCUUUUAACUAACCUUUACUUUCUCUCUUGGAUGGUUGAAACAAGGCUGGAAAAAAAUAUUAAAAAGUUGUUGCUGUUUUAAUAGUUUAAUCAUAGCAACAAUCUUCUUCUUCUUGUUUGUUUGUUUUUUAUGUUUAGCAAUAAUGAUGACAUCUACAAUAUAAUGAGCCACUCACUCCACUGUCACUUUUGUUAGGCUAAAUUUGAGUCCAUGCCUUGUUUUUUUUCUCUUUCCUCUUGUUUUGUAGUUGGUUUUUUCGUCUUGUGGGCUGGUAAUGUGUCAUAUUAAUCAUUGUUCCGUAAAAGAUUUUGGUCGAUUUUUAUUUAUUCAAAAUUUUUAAAGAAUAUCCUUCACACUUUUUGUUCGAUUUUUUUUAAUGUUGUUAUUCACCAAUUAUGAAAGUUAUCCAUCACAGGAUUUGACAAAAAAAUUGGAAUGCUAUUAUUAACUAUUUUGUAAGGUUAUCUAUCGCAUAUUUUGGCCAAUUUUGGGAAUAUUAUUUUUCACAUAUUUUGAAGGCUAUUCAUCACAAAUUUUGGCGGAUUUUUGAGAAUGCUUUUUCACAUAUUUUUGCUAUUCAUCACAGAUUCUAACCGAUUUUAGGGAAUGUUAUUUUCACCGAUUUUGAAGGCUACCCAUUACAAAUUUUGGCCGAUUCUUUUGAAUGGUUUUAUUCACCGAUUUUGAAGGCUAUCCAUCAAAAAUUUUGGCCAAUUUUAGGGAAUGUUACUUUUACUGAUUUCAAACGCUAAUCAUCACAGAUUCUGGCUGAUUCUUUUGAAUGGUAUUAUUUGCUAAUUUUGAAGGCUAACCAUCACGAAUUUUCACCGGUUUUAGGGGAUAUAAUUUUUCAGCGAUUUUGAAGGCUACAUCACAAAUUUUGGUUGAUUUUUUGGAAUGGUAAUAUUUAACUAUUUAGAAGCCUUUGUAACUGCCAAAAUGGCACGCAAAAAACAUGAAUAUAUCGAUGCUUUCCGA